AGAGAGGGGGAAGACAUGCGAUAAAGGUCUUUGGCUGGACUCUAAUCCUAGAGAGUGUGGUGGUCCAAGGCCUCCAUACAUGUGUUGCUCUUUGCCGCCGCACCCUGCCGGACCCCAUAAAAGGAUUUUAGCCAGAUAUUUAGGUUAGGAGCAUAAUGCUCUGCUGCUUCUGGUUUUCAGAGCACGAUUCAUGUAACUUAUAGAAAACUGUUUUUGUGAAAGGGAGCUGUUUACCAGUGUAGACCUGGAAGACCAAAAAUGUCCUUCACUUUUUGUUGGAAUAUGUUUUUCUGACAGACAUCAGUUGAAAUUUCAUAUCUGCAUCAGUUCAAUGCCAGAUCUUUGUUUUCCUGCUGCUUUGUGAGCAAAAUUUUGAUCGAUACUCACCAUGAAAUACAUCUUGUAGUUUUUCUCUGCUUGCCAAUGGUAUAUAGGGAUGCAAUGAAAAGGGAUAUCAUGAUAUAUUAUUUGCAGAGUGGCUAUGGAGUGACAGGAGUUCUGUUUUAAACUUUCAUGAUGACUUGGCUAAAAUUCAGAACUAUAAACCCAAGCUUUCGAAAAGCAACUACACCCUUCACAGUCUCCAGUACUCUGGCAGAUGGGCUAAGUUCAUUAUCCUGCCAUCCAUGUGACUCAUCAGCUGAACAAGCUUAAUCCAAUUAAAGUAGCAGUUUGUCUGUUGGCUCUCCUAAGCUUGCAGCUAGGUCAGGAUAUUUUUGAGUACUCCAGGUGUGCACCAUGUCUAUUAUUAAGAUUCACGCCAGAGAGAUCUUUGAUUCUCGUGGAAACCCCACAGUGGAGGUUGAUCUUUACACUGACAAAGGUCUGUUUCGGGCUGCUGUUCCCAGCGGUGCUUCUACUGGGAUCUAUGAAGCUCUGGAGCUGAGAGACAAUGACAAGUCUCGCUUCCUGGGGAAAGGCGUCUCCCAGGCUGUCGAACACAUUAAUUCAACUAUUGCCCCUGCACUUGUCAGUGAGGAUGUAUCUGUGGUUGAUCAAGAGAAAAUUGACCAGAUGAUGAUCGAUUUGGACGGCACCGAGAACAAAUCCAAAUUUGGUGCAAACGCCAUCCUCGGUGUUUCUCUGGCUGUUUGCAAAGCUGGCGCUGCAGAAAAAGACGUUCCCCUGUACCGCCACAUUGCUGACCUGGCAGGUAACCCUGAGGUCAUCUUGCCUGUGCCGGCCUUCAAUGUGAUCAACGGCGGCUCUCACGCUGGUAACAAGCUCGCCAUGCAGGAGUUCAUGAUCCUGCCCAUUGGUGCCAGCACCUUCAAGGAAGCCAUGCGUAUCGGCGCAGAGGUUUACCACAACCUGAAAAAUGUCAUCAAGAAGAAAUAUGGACAGGAUGCCACGAAUGUGGGCGACGAAGGCGGCUUUGCUCCAAACAUAUUGGAAAAUAAGGAGGCUCUGGAGCUCCUGAAGGAGGCCAUUACUAAAGCCGGGUACACAGAGGAGGUCGUGAUCGGCAUGGACGUAGCUGCGUCCGAGUUCUACCGGGACGGAAAAUACUGACCUGGACUUCAAGUCGUCCUGACUGACCCGAGCCGCUACAUCACACCAGAUGAGCUGGCUGAUCUCUACAGGAGCUUUGUGAAGGAUUAUCCAGUGGUGUCUAUUGAGGAUCCAUUCGACCAGGACGACUGGGCAGCCUGGACUAACUUCACAGAGAGUACAGACAUCCAGGUUGUUGGAGAUGAUUUAACUGUAACAAAUCCCAGCCGCAUCUGCAAGGCGGUGGAGGAAAAGGCCUGCAACUGUCUGCUGCUCAAAGUCAAUCAGAUUGGAACAGUUACAGAGUCAAUGAGGGCGUGUAAGAUGGCCCAGGAGAGCGGUUGGGGUGUGAUGGUGAGCCACCGCUCCGGGGAAACUGAGGACACCUUCAUAGCCGAUCUGGUGGUCGGACUGUGCACAGGACAGAUCAAGACGGGGGCUCCUUGUCGUUCUGAGCGCUUGGCUAAGUACAACCAGAUCCUGAGAAUUGAGGAGGAGCUGGGGGACAAGGCUCAGUUUGCUGGGAAAAACUUCAGGAGUCCUGUGAUUGAGUGAAUGAGACAUUUACUGGUGAAUGCAAAAAUGUGUGCGAACACUUCAGUUUAACGAUUAGAUGUGUAGAAGUCCUUCUCUCAGUACAUAAAAACUACCAGCCAUGUCAGCCAUGAGCUCUGAUUAGGGAAAUAAUAGCUCUGAUUGUAGUACAAGUAUUGUUUUGACAACAAACACCUGCACUUUGGAGAUGAAGAUAAUAAAGUUUUGUUAGUGA